CACGUGUCCCCUCCACGUAAAAACGCAGGGUCGGGUUCGAAUUUUAUAAUGGAUUGACAGACACUUGUUAACCCCACAAUAUAGAAAGCCUUAGCACCUUCUUCGCCACCAUUUCCGAAGCGGUGCUUGCUUGCAGCGGAUCUAGGUCACCGGCAAUGGCGGACUUGCCGGAAGUUCGCCGGCAAUCUUCUUCCAGUUCGAGCGAUCUCUCGGUCAGAGUGGAGGAUAGUACAUGCUCUGUGGCCAAUGGUACGAGUACUUCUUCAACCUCAGGCAUUCCUGGCAAGGAGUUGUCUAAGGUGGCCACACUGCCGGCAGACAUAUCACAUGGAGAUAAAUUGGAGUCAAGUCCAAGUAAGUUUAAGAUGGAAAGGUCGAAAACAGAGAGGUUGAGACAUCUAAGUCCUGAAGAUGCAGCACAAAUUUUUGAUGAUAAGCUUCCUGUCCAGGAGAAGCUUAAAUUGUUGAACAGAAUAGCUACUGUAAAAGAUGAUGGAACUGUAGAAUUUGAAGUUCCUGGAGAUGUUGAACCUGAAGCUCUUGGUGCUCAAUCCAAACAAAUAAAUCAUGUCGUUGAUGAAUCACUUGAUGCAACAGACUUUCAUUACAUCCCACCACUGAAUAUAGUCAUGCUUAUUGUUGGUACACGAGGAGAUGUGCAGCCAUUUGUUGCAAUAGGCAAACGCUUACAGGACUAUGGCCAUCGUGUUAGAUUGGCUACCCAUUCAAAUUUCAAGGAGUUUGUUUUGACAGCUGGGUUGGAGUUUUAUCCUUUAGGCGGUGAUCCAAAAGUACUUGCUGGUUAUAUGGUUAAAAAUAAGGGCUUUCUACCAUCGGGACCUUCUGAGAUACCUAUUCAGCGAAAUCAAAUGAAAGAAAUUAUUAACUCUCUGCUUCCAGCUUGUAAAGAACCUGAUAUUGAUUCUGGUGUCCCCUUCAAAGCAGAUGCAAUCAUUGCCAAUCCCCCGGCAUAUGGGCAUACCCAUGUGGCUGAGGCACUUAAGAUUCCAAUUCAUAUUUUUUUCACAAUGCCAUGGACGCCAACUACUGAAUUUCCACAUCCUUUGUCACGUGUAAAGCAACAGGCUGGUUAUCGGCUUUCAUAUCAAAUAGUUGACUCCCUGAUUUGGCUUGGAAUACGAGACAUGAUUAAUGAUCUUAGGAAAAAAAAGUUGAAGCUACGACCAGUGACAUAUUUAAGUGGGUCACAAGGCUCUGAAACUGAUGUUCCACAUGCAUAUAUAUGGAGUCCUCAUCUUGUUCCUAAACCAAAAGAUUGGGGACCAAAAAUUGAUGUAGUAGGGUUUUGCUUUCUUGAUCUUGCAUCAAACUAUGAACCUCCUGAGACCCUUGUAAAAUGGCUUAAAGAUGGUGACAAGCCUAUUUACAUUGGAUUUGGUAGCCUGCCUGUUCAAGAACCAAAAAAAAUGACACAAAUAAUUGUAGAUGCACUGGAGAACACUGGACAGAGGGGCAUCAUCAAUAAAGGAUGGGGAGGUCUUGGGAAUUUGGCAGAAACAAAGGACUCUAUAUACUUACUGGAUAAUUGUCCUCACGAUUGGCUGUUCUUACACUGCAAGGCUGUGGUUCAUCAUGGAGGUGCAGGAACAACAGCUGCUGGGCUGAAAGCUGCAUGCCCAACGACCAUUGUCCCAUUUUUCGGUGAUCAACCAUUUUGGGGAGAAAGAGUAUAUGCUAGAGGAGUUGGUCCUCCACCUAUCCCAGUUGAUGAGUUUUCGCUUCCUAAGUUGGUUGAUGCAAUAAAAUUUAUGCUAGAUCCCAAGGUAAAGGAACGUGCAAUUGACCUUGCCAAGGCCAUGGAAAAUGAGGAUGGAGUGACAGGAGCUGUGAAAGCAUUUUUUAAGCAGCUUCCUCAAAGAAAAUCAGAGCCUGAUGCAGAGCCGCAGCCAUCUAGUUUUUUCUCUGUAAGUAGAUGUUUUGGUUGUUCCUGAUUCAAUGUGAGUGAGUCAAAACCCAUCUUUUGUUUACUGUAAUAGAUAUUGUUAUUGUAGCAAUGGGAUGUGCUCGACUUGUCACCCUGUAUUGUGGUUGGAUAAUUCUGUGCAUACUUCAAUUCGUACUAUUUUACAUAGGCUUCAAUAUGUCUGUAAAUUAUUUGUUGUUUCUAACUGAGAUUCGCCGGUAAGUGUUCGGAAUGGCUUUUUAUUAUUGUUUUGCACUAGACAUGACCAUGACCAGAUACGUUUCGUUCAGAUCCGCUAUUGAGGUAGAUUAAUUGGAGGGUAUAUUAUUAAGUAUCGUCUGCGUUUGUGUGGCAGGUAUCAUUUGUUGGUCUCUGUCAGUUGCUCACAAUUUAGUAUUCAAUGUAAAAGGUUGAAUAGCUGAAGCUACAUAUCACUGCUCUAUUUAUUCGUUUUCAAUAUACUAUCUUCUGUUUUGUUUUGUCGAUUUCGACCGUUUUUUCUUUCCAUAAAGUAGUCAUGUCUGACAUUUGUGGGAGUUGAUUAACACGUGAAGCACAUCGACGGGCAUUCACAUUUCCGAAAGACGAGCUAAUCAAAUGUUCUCCUAGCUUUAUGCUAUAUGAUUAUUGACAUGUAUUUUGAAGAAAAAAUUACAAAAUAAUAAACUUAUAAUUUGGCCCAUCGAAGAAAGGUAAAAUGGGACCGGGCUAUUUUACAGUUGACAAAUAAUUAUAAGAAAAUGAUGGAUUGUGACUGAUAUGUUAAACCGACUGAAAAAUGCGAAACAUAGAAAGCCUAUAUUGAACAUUUAAAGUCUUAAAACAGAUAUUAAGUACACAAAUGAAAGAAUAAUUUUAUAGAAUUGUUUGGUUUAGUAUAAAUUAAGUUUUAAGUAAUAAACAUUUGAAUUUGAACAUCAAAUAAGGUGAAUCGUUUUAAGUUGAUUUGAAUAUAAUAUUUAAUUAAAUUUAAUUUUAGAUUGGAUGGUUUAGUUUCUUAAUUUUAAAAUUUUAGAUGUUAAUAUUUGAGAGUAACAAUUGUUAAUGAAAUUAGUUUUUGUCGUUUAAAAAAUGUUAAAAUUGAUUAACAAAAUAAUAAUGUCUUAUUAAGCAACAUAAGGAAGGAAGUAAUGUUUUAUGAAUUUUUUAAAAUAAUUUAUUUUUGUUUUUUUUUAUGAAAUGGGAUGGUUUAACAUUUUGACAUUCACAAAGUGACUUAAUAUGUAGGGCUUGAGGAGUGAGAGAGGAAGAGGGUGAAUGGCUUUUUGGUUAAAUGAUAACGACAUUGAUGAUAGGAGCCUUGAUUUGCGGUGGAAAAAAGGUGUUGAUAAUAGUAAACUGACUUGUGUAAAUUUAAGAAGUGAAAGAGAAAGAGAGUUACUGACAUUUUGGUCAAAUGAUAAUAUUGAUAGCAGGGUGCAGUUUAUGGUGGUUAAAGGCAAAGAUAUGGCUGAAAAAGAA